AUGGCGAGUCUACCUGGCAGCAGUGCUGACCACUUGAGCUCACAGGAGAGCCUGGCAAGUGGUAAGGGCCAAGCUGAGGAUAGCACAUCGGGCAUCUUCAGUGCCACGCAGACUUCUGACUCUCCGAUUCCUGACAUUGACAGUGAAAACAACUCAUGCAGUGGAGAGGAGAAGGAGCUAGUAAAUGAACAGAUUACCGAUGCCACAGCAGAUACUGCAGCGAAUACAGAAACUGUUAAGGAAGUGGAAACUUUGACUACAAGUUCUGAGCUGGAGGAGGAACUCCACACUGUAUCUGAGCCUCAUCCACUAAGGGAGACUACCAGCGCAGGCUCUGGGGAACUGUGCUACUUCAUCGGUGUCACGGAGGGAAGAAAAUCCUUGGAUUCUCAGACUGAUACCACUGAAACACUUGAGGACACACGAGUGUCAACCACCCAGUGCCACAUCCCCCCAAGUUCUAUUGGGGCUAGCAUGAGUGAAAGCGCAUACACCUUUACCAGUGACCCUCUACAGGUUAUCAAAUCCAUCAAGCUGGAGAGACAUGACCAAGAUCAAGCGCUGGCAUCCAGCGACGAGGAGGAUAUCUAUGGCCACCGCAUCCCUCACUCUUCCUCAGACGCCAGCGUGGCAGAAAUAGCAGUCUCGCAAGAUCUCACUCGGUCCAUGCAGGAAGAAAGCAUGUUAGUGAAAUCCGAGCAGCUUGCAGAGAGUUGGAUGGUUUAUUUUGGGCCGACCAGUGGCAUCCUCAGCUUGGUUGUGUCAGAGAAAUACAUCUGGUGUUUGGACUACAAAGGGUCUUUGUACUGCAGUUCCCUGCCUGGAGCCGGCCUACGCUGGCAGAAGUUCGAGGAUACCGUCCAGCAGGUGGCAGUCUCUCCCUCAGGAAAUCUACUUUGGAAAAUAGAGCAGAAGACAGACAAGGCCUUUGCGUGUGGGAAAGUAACAAUAAAA